ACAAUUAUAAAAUACAAUUAAUUGAAAAUAUUAAUGCAAAAUAAAGUAUUAUUGUUUAAAGAAAAAAGUAAGUAAACUAUUAUUAUUACUUAGAGAUGUAUGAAGUCUCUAAAUGUUGAAUUACAAAAAAAAAAAAAACAGAUACAAAAAGAAAUCUAAAAUUACUUAGAGGUGUAAAUAUCUCUAAAUGUCAGAACUAAAUGAUUUUUAUCAAAUUAUCCUUAGAGAUGUAAAGAGUCUCUAAGAGUCAAAAAUUCAGUAUAAUUAAAACAUUCAUCAGGAUAAAAGAAACAUACGAGAACCGAAUGAGGUGUCUCUCUAAGACUAAUUUGAUAAAAGUCAUUUAGUUCUGACAUUUAGAGAUAUUUACACCUCUGGAUAAUUUCAGUUUUUUUUUGUAUCCCUUUUUUUUAUUAUUAUUAUUUUAGUAAUUUUUUUGUAAUUGUAUUUUAUACUUAAUUGUUGAUGUGCUUGUUUUUGUUUGUAUGUAAAUUCCAUGUUGACGUGUAAAAGUGCCCUUGUGGCCUAUUUGCUGAAUAAAUGUUGAAGUUGAAGCAGACCAGUCUCCACAUGGCUUUAUUCCAGGUACGGCAUCCCUCGCGACGAAAGCGCAAAUUUCCGUCGCGCAGUAGAAACACUGUGCCCCGCCUACUGUCAGAACAAGUCCAUCUGGCUGGCCUCCGAGAUCACCAUGGUGCCACCCAACAUCCUCAGCGAGCAUGGAGUGAAGCUGUCAAGGCUGCUGCAGCGGCCCGGGGAAUAUGUCCUGGUGUUCCCCGAAGCCCAUUCCUGCUCAAUAACUACUGGGUUCGGGAUAUCGGAGAGUGUAUACUUUGCAUCAAACGCUUGGCUGACGGAUGUGUUUAAACUGUUUCAAGAGCUGCGCAACAGCUGCGAGCCGACCAUGUUCUCCCUGGAGCAGCUCCUCCUGAACGGCAGCGCCGACUCCUCGGCCCCUCACCAGGUGUGCUCCGUGCUGGCCACGCUGCUCAGCGCCGAGCUGGAGCACCGCCGCGCCCUCGACCACAAGGGGCUCAAGGUGCAAGAACGUCCCCCAUCGUCGGCGCCGCUCAACACGUCGUACUUCCGCGCGUGGAACACUCGCGACCAAGACGAGUGCGAGUACUGCCGCUCCACCCUGUUCCUGUCCAAGGUUAGACAUCACUAAACGUAGCUCGCAGUAUCAACCCCCGCCGCCGCCGGUCACGUAGUCCGCGCGUGGAACACUCGCGACCAAGACGAGUGCGAGUACUGCCGCUCCACCCUGUUCCUGUCCAAGGUUAGACAUCACUAAACGUAGCUCGCAGUAUCACACCCCGCCACCGCCGGUCACGUAGUCCGCGCGUGGAACACUCGCGACCAAGACGAGUGCGAGUUCUACCGCUACACGCUGUUCCUGUCCAAGGUUAGAAAUCACUAAACGUAGUUCGCAGUAUCAACCCCCGCCGCCGCCGGUCACGUAGUCCGCGCGUGGAACACUCGCGACCAAGUCGAGUGCGAGUUCUACCGCUACACGCAGUUCCUGUCCAAGGUUAGACAUCACUAAACGUAGCUCGCAGUAUCAACCCCCGCCGCCGCCGGUCACGUAGUCCGCGCGUGGAACACUCGCGACCAAGUCGAGUGCGAGUUCUGCCGCUCCACCCUGUUCCUGUCCAAGGUUAGACAUCACUAAACGUAGCUCUCAGUAUCACACCCCGCCACCGCCGGUCACGUAGUCCGCGCGUGGAACACUCGCGACCAAGUCGAGUGCGAGUUCUACCGCUACACGCAGUUCCUGUCCAAGGUUAGACAUCACUAAACGUAGCUCUCAGUAUCACACCCCGCCACCGCCGGUCACGUAGUCCGCGCGUGGAACACUCGCUACCAAGACGAGUGCGAGUACUGCCGCUCCACCCUGUUCCUGUCCAAGGUUAGACAUCACUAAACGUAGCUCUCAGUAUCACACCCCGCCACCGCCGGUCACGUAUUCCGCGGCCUUAUAGCCAUGCACUUAUAAUCAUUUUCUCAAGUUCCGCGCGUACAGGACAACACUCGUCUUGUUAACACAUUACGUAACUAUGUCGAAAGUUUAAAGGGCCAUAUUUACUGUAAAACGUUGUACGAUACAUGUGAGAAUUUCCUAUUUUUCGCCCUUGUAUCGUAAUGUACAGUCGCCAUCAGAUAUAUCGGAGCGGUCGAGGUGCUCAAAAAUAUCUGAACACGCACUUUUAACGCCUUGAUAAUAGACGUGUGUUCAGAUAUUUGGCUGUUAUUUGGGUUAGUAAAUAUUUCAUAGAAAGUUUAUAAUAUGCGUGUAGAUAAAAUAGUGUACGUAACUGUACAUAAUUAGGCAUUAAAACACUCGUGUGAUCUUUUUAAGAAACUCACUUCGUUCGUUUCUUAAACCCACACUCGCGUAUUUUAAUGCCUUUUAUUAUGUAGCAGUUACCAUAACUACGAUUACAACCCUUUAACUUUUCGACAUAGUUACAUAAUGUGUUAAUUUACGCACUAGUGCGGAAAAGUAGCAGCAUGUGUACUGUAAUAGUACAUUGUGCAACGAGGGGGGAAAGUGAAAUUUUGGACACGAGGGUGAUAAUCUAAGACUCGAGUUUGCAAUAUUCUUACCCCCGGAGCUACUUUAUAGCACUAGUGCGAAAAUUACCAUAUUACGCUAGGGAGUUAUAGCUUUUUCUUCACAAUCCAUCAUUCUGAAAUCCUGCGUCGUUCUGGCCUCUAUGGUAUGGAGGCUCUACUAAUGCAGCGACAGCUAGGGUGGUGUGGACAUGUCCUCCGUAUGGAUGACCGCCGGUUGCCCAAAACCGUAUUCUACUCUGAAUUGGUGGAAGGCAAACGCAAGCACGGCGGUCAGCAUCUGCGUUACAAGGACGUGCUCAAACGACACCUGAAUGCUUGCAACAUCAACCCUGAGCGCUGGGAGGAGCUUGCUGCAGACAGAGCAUCUUGGCGGUCCACCAUUUUUAACCACAUCAAAUCGUUUGAGGAAAACCGCCUCAAUGCCUUAGAUACCAAACGCCAACAACGUAAAGAGAGACCGAAGCCCUCUUACACGUAUACAUACAACGCGUCUGGCCAACUCUAUUGUAACACCUGUAAAAGAGUCUUUAAGACCAAGUUCGGCCUGGCCAGCCACAUUAGGGCCCAUAAUCGGCGUAAUCCGUAAUUGCUGAGGUCGCCGUCAUCGAAAUCGAUGAGGAGGACUAUAUAUGAAAUAAGAUCUUUUUCGAGCAAGUGUGAUGAAAAUAACUAUUAUUGUAUAGGUGACCGGGCUCACGGGCCGCAAGUCCGCCGUGUGCCCCGAGCACGCGCUCCGCCUGCUGGAGACCAGGAAGCACAAGAACGUGGAUCUGCACACGCUCGAGUUCCUCUCGUCGUUCACCACGCCCGCGCUCGAGGAGAUGCUGGAGCGGCUCGACGCGCGCACCGCCGGCGACCAGAGCGCCCACGCGGACCCCGAGUAGAGGUCAGUCAUAUUCACAUUUAUUUUACGAGGGGGGUGGGGUUAGGGUCGGCAACGCGCAUGUAACUCCUCUGGAGUUGCAGGUGUACAUAGGCCACGGAGACUGCUUACCAUCAGGCAGGCCGUAUGCUUGUUUGCCACCGACGUAGUAUAAAAAAAAAGCAUACAUUGUCAUUUUUUUUUUUAAUAUUAUAGGACAUUACUACACAAAUUCCGAAAAACUCAUUGGUACGAGCCAGGAUUUGAACCCGCGACCUCCGGAUUGAAAGUCGGACGUCAUAUCCACUCGGCCACCACCGCUUCCUUAUGUACGAAAUAUCAUUUUUAAAUAGUAUUUAUAAAUAUUUAUAUAUUAUAUAUAUCGUUGUCUAAGUACCUUCAACACAAGCCUUAUUGAGCUUACUGUGGGACUUAGUUAAUUUGCUUUUCGGUGAAGGAAAUCAUCUUGAGGAAACCUGCAUACAUCUGCGAAGAAAUUCAAAGGUGUAUGUGAAGUCCCCAAUCCGCAUUGGGCUAGCGUGGGGACUAUAGCCCGAGCCCUCUCGCGUAUGAGAGGAGGCCUGUGCCCAGCAGUGGGACGUAUAUAGGCUGAAUUAUUAUUAUUUUAUUAACAUAAAACAAUAAAUUGUGCCUAAUAAUAACACAGGUAAGGAGUAAAUAAUAAAAAUCUGUAGAAAUAAGAAAUAAAAUAUCAAUAUUAAUUCAUGUCAAAAAUUUAUUGGUUUUUUAAAGCUAUUCAGUCAGAAGUCCAGUUACGGAAAAGUAGACCUUCUGGAUUAAGAAAGAUUUCAAUUUUGAGACAAAUCCGAGAUAGCUAGGUGUGUUUUUUAUACAUGUUAUGUAACCCUCUUCAAUUCUCAGUCUAAAGUGAAGUCAUUAGUAAUAGGCUGAAUCAACUUUUUUUGUUUUGUUAUUCUGUCCCGUUGUCCAAGGGACAACAGUGGCACAGUUUGUUUGAAGAGACGUUGUAUGCCGUUCUAUUAACAUGCUUAGUAGGGGGCCCAUUAUGGACAUUGGUUAUAACGACCACAAAAACGCAAGUUUAAUACAUUUAAGUACCAUAGAAUCAGUAUUUCAAUGAACUUUUGUCCCCUGGACAACUAAUCGUAACCAUGGCAACGAGUGACGCUAAAAAGUUGAUUCUCCCAAUAGUACAUUGUGCAACGAGGGGGGUAAGUGAAAUUUUGUACGAACUAAUUCGAUAAUAUCGAGCCUUUUCUAAAAACCCCAAAUUAGGUUGCGUUGUUUUAUCACAGAGUUCCUAUGUCCACCUCUUGUCUCCAUCAUCAGAUCAGCUCGAUGGUACCAUAAUAUUGCAUUGUCACCCGAGUUGCAUAUGUAUGCAAAAUUUCAGCUCAAUCGGAAACCGGGAAGUUGGUCAAAUUUAACUUGCAAGAUUUGUUUACAGACAACGGUCAGGUGAAAGUAAAUAAAAGCUUGUUAAAAUUAUGUCUAUUUAAAAAAAUUGCGAUAUUUUCUUUUAGACGAAACCAGUGCAUCCACUCAAAAUGCCUCAGGAGCACACUGCAGCCGUCGACAGGAACGGCCGGAGCCCCUUCACUGAUGUUUCCAGGCCGAAUAGGGCUUACGAUUCCGGGAUCCCGCGCAUUUAGUCCCACUUGUUGUGGGAUUCCGAUCCCGCGGGAUUCGGGAUGUAGUUUGUAUCGUCAGCCUCCCAUCUUACAAGCCGGGAGAUAACGUUGCCAUUUUUUUAAACUGCGCACCGCAUAAGGUACCUACGCCAAAGGGUACUUAAACUGGCCUACUUCCAAUAUGGUUUGCUAUUGUGAAAUCAGUCAAACAAGUUCGUUAAUAGAAAAAAGCGCGGAUUUCAAAUUGUCUAUGGGACGAUAACAUUUCGCGCAUACAUUUUUUAAAUAUGCCACUUUUUUUCUACUGACUGAAAUUGCUUGACAGACCAUAAGUGUGAAUUUUGCGUCCGUAUUCGCUAGUGUCAUAGACAAAACUACAAGUUCACGUAAAAUAUAAGCAAAAUAAAAACGGGCCUUAUUUGGAGCAGGUACCUUAUUUUUGAUGAUUUUAACAAACGUGCGUUUUGAAUAUUUAGAAAAUAAUACUUUUUGUUUAAAUGAAAUUAAUGUAGUUUUCAUUUAUAAUGGUAAUUUGUAAAAGAGGGGUCCUCUAUUAAUAACAUCACACGAGGGGGAGGGAGGGGUACAAAAAUGUGACAGGGGGGGGGGACAUACCUUAUUUUUGAUGAUUUUAACAAACGUGCGUUUGAAGAAUAUUUAGAAAAUAAUACUUUUUGUUUAAAUUAAAUUAAUUUAGUUUUCAUUUAUAAUGUUAUUUUUUAAAAUAGGGGUCCUCCAUUAAUAACAUCACACGAGGGGGAGGGAGGGGUACAAAAAUGUGACAUGGGGGGGGGACAUACCUUAUUUUUGAUGAUUUUUGAUUUUAACAAACGUGCGUUUGAAGAAUAUUUAGAAAAUAAUACUUUUUGUUUAAAUUAAUUUAAUUUAGUUUUCAUUUAUAAUGUUAUUUUUUAAAAUAGGGGUCCUCCAUUAAUAACAUCACACGAGGGGGAGGGAGGGGUACAAAAAAUGUGACAUGUGACAUGGGGGGAGUGAACAGCUUUGUGACGUCACUUAACUUCACAUAUAAACAAAAAUUGUACAGCUAAAUAACUAGUUUUUGCAACGAUAUAUAGUUUUAUUGCGUGACAUUUUAUUCCUCAUCGGUUUCGUGUCAUAAAAUUUCUAAAUUGAUAUUAAUAAAAAUAUUUUUUUAUUAAAAUAAUACUUCAUUCUAAUUGCUUAUUUCAGUUAUUUCGUUAAAGAGAUUGACAAAUAUGUGACGACACACCAGGGGGGAGGGUUGCCUAAUGUGACCAGGUGUAACAAGGAGGCAAAAAUUCAUGCGAUGUAAUAAACUGAUGACCCCAGACGUGUAAGAAAAAAAAAACAAAAAUAAUGAUACAAAUUGUAUGGCAUCGUACUUGUGGGCCAGCUUCGUAUAUGGCGGGGUUUAACACUAACCCCCUUAUUCAUAAACGUGUACUAAAGUUACGAUGCCGCUGAUCAUCGUUCGUCCCUUUCCGACGUAUUGGUAUGAUGGAAAGGGACAAACGAUGAUCAGCGGCAUCGUAACUUUAGUACACGUUGAUGAAUAAGGGGGUUCAUGAAUAAAAGGAGUUCAUAAAAUGAACCGGGGGCUUUACGUCCAAAGCUUUAAAAGGGAUAGUAAUAGUGCAAUUUGCCGCCAGGGGCAGCACUAGCACAUACCGUAAACCAUAGAGUAACAUACACUACCAUCACAAAGUUUAAUACCAAACACGGAAUAUGCAUAUUUGCAUUUUUCAUUUAAUUUUUUUUUUUACGAAAAUUCUACUUUGCAGUAGGUACCUACAAUCCGAAAAAUAAAGCGUUAAACGAUUUAUUAAUCAGAAUUUAUUAAAAAAGACAUAAGGUAGAAGUACUAGUGCUCGACACUGCACUAGUCACCGACAUGGGCACUUUAUUUCAUGGAAAUAUAGGUUAAAUUUGAACAACGAAGAUUUUUCUGUAUUCGAUCUUAAUCCUUGUCACUUUGACAUAAAGUGCCCAAGUCGAGUACUAGUGCAGCGUCGAGCACUAGUACUUCUACCUUAUAUAUAUAUAAUAAUAAAAAAAAAUCAUAGUUCCUCAUCGAAAAAUCCUCGACGCUUUUCCACUACAGAGUAAUCAUUUAUGAUACUAAUAAGCUCCAAGGGUAAGGGUGAGGUUAAGGGUUUGUCCAAUGGCUAAGGUCACCCUGUAUACUAUGCAUUAAACAGUUUAUAGACAAGUUUUCGCAGAUCAUUCGUUACAAAUAAAUAUGACAUUGAUGUAUUACGGCGGUUGAUUUACAGUUUGUGCUAGUGGCGCCUACGCAGAAUUUUGCGUAACCUAUUCCGCGAAAUCUACUUUUUUUCAAUGUUGUAAAUGUGUAACAUUAAGUUAAUUUAAGUUUAGUAAUGUAAAACGUAAGAUAGCGAAAAACAUGAACCAUAGCGUAACAAGGGUCGUCAGUACUGAACUAUCUACAGUGGACUGUACAUAGUUUAGUACGUGGAUAAUACUGAAAGUUUCUGGAAUGAGCCAUUUAGAGGUCACGCAAUGAAAAUCUUGAAAAUAUAACUUGUUUGGAAAUUGUAUAUUUUUAGAUACAAUUUGUUCGGUGAUGAUUUGUAUUUUUGGAAUGCUGUUUGAAAAUUAUAUGUCAGGGAUUUUAUAAAUAUUAAAAAAAAAGAUUUCAGGAGCUUUCAGUAUGACCUAAGUACAAGUGAUUACAAUCACGUCUAAAAAUAUCGAUAUGUGUAAAGUGCCAAUAAUAGUAUAGACGAACUUGUUGGCCAUAUAUUAAGGUAGUGUAUACAUAUAUUUGGCACUUUGUCCGUAUCGUCAUUUUGAGACGUGACUGUACAGAUAUUAACACAUUCAGUGCUAGCGCAAGCCGAUAAGGUAGUAAUAUCUUUAGGUAUUUAAAUAAAAGUAAACAAAAUCUACCCUCAAAUGGCUCCUCAAGCCAGUAGAGGGUAGAUGAAAACAUUACAUGAUCAAAUAAUGUAGGUUAAAGUCAGAUCGUUCAGUGACAGAUCCAGGCGGUUUUGGUUAACCAAUAAAUGUUAUAACUACCCGAAAAUGUAUAAAUGAUUUGUUUAAUUUUAUUUAAAUACCUAAAGAUACAGAGUUAUAGGGAAAAACGCCUGCGAACAGAGAACCCGCCUAGCGCGUCGUUGGAAGUGAAUGUGUUAAAAACGAUUACAUAAUAAUAUUAAUUAUGAAUAACCCACCAUUAAUAUACCUCGUUUUUUUGCAUUAGAAAAAGGAUAAACAAUCUUGACGUGCCUUUUUAAUAAAAAAACGUUUAAAAAAAUAGUCUUCUUGGUGUGCCAUCAUCUCACGUCGGCGCCCAUCUCUCGGAAUUUACUUAUAUAUAGGUACUUAUGAAACCAAAUUAAUGUAAAUGAUAAUAAAAUAUAUAUAAGUAAAUGUUUCGACGACCGGUCUGGCCUAGUGGGUAGUGACCCCCUGCCUACGAAGCUGAUGGUCCCGGGUUCAAAUCCUGGUAAGGGCAUUUAUUCGUGUGAUGAGCAUGGAUAUUUGUUCCUGAGUCAUGGGUGUUUUCUAUGUAUUUAAGUAUUUAUAAAUAUUUAUAUAUUAUAUAUAUCGUUGUCUAAGUACCCUCAACACAAGCCUUAUUGAGCUUACUGUGGGACUUAGUCAAUUUGUGUAAUAAUGUCCUAUAAUAUUUAUUUAUUUAUUAUUUAUUUAUUUACAUAAUGGAUAUAUACCGAGGUGUUACUAUAAUUAGGUUAAAUCUAAAAUAGGCCCUUGAGGCAUUGUGCAAUCAAGGUAAUAAAUAUCGAUACGGACAAAGUAACAAAAAUAUGUACACACUACCUUAAUGUAUUGGCAUUAAGGUCGCGUAUUGAAUGUAGUUUUAAGUUGCCGCUGUUGCCCAUAAAGUCGUGCAUACAUAUUUUUGGCACUUUGUCCGUAUCGAUAUUUAACACAUUCACUGCAGGGGACCCACCUGGUGGGCGCUCGUGAACUUUGUUCAGAUGCCGGACAACCCGCUGGGCGGGUUGUUUUGUACGCAGCUAUAGACCACCGGUUUCUGGGGUAGUGCGCCGUUUUUUGUCUGGCAGUGAAUGUGUUGACUUUACCAAGGAUGCUGGCGGCGUUUCCAUCUGCAUAUAAAUUGUUACAUACUUCAUGUAAAUUAUUUUUCAAGUUUUUUUUUAUAAACACGUCAGGAUUGUUUACUUUCAAUGCUAAAAGACGGGGUCUAGUCACGUCUGAACGCCACGAUUGAAGUGCCAAAAAUAUGUAUACACGACUUUAUGGUCCAUAUAUUAGGGUAGUUUAUACAUAUUUAUGGCACUUUGUCCGUAUCGAUAUUUUCAUUAGUGACCGUACCUAUAGUAUAUGUAAUUAUGUUUAAGAAUGUUGUUUCAGUUGCAGCUGUUGCAAUGUUCAACUGUAGGUUAAGUUAUUUCUCUAAAGAUGGUCAAAGACUGAAUUAAAAAAAAAGUAGAUUUAAUAUAACGUUCGUCCAUUUGAUAGUCGUAAAUGUAUCGUAGAAUUAAUAACGUUUGUGUUAGUAGUCGUGAGUACAUAAUUAAGGAAGUACAUUAUAUUGAUUACUAGAAUUCAUCCCAAAUGAUAAUCAAAGGGAGGAAGUCCAAUUAGGGCCUGUUUCACAAUGUCCAAUAAAAUCCUGAAUAAGCUACUUGCCACUUACGAAUCUGACGAAUAAAGUCAAUUUUGGCGUUUCACAAUAAAGAUAUGAUAAAGAAAGAACAUUGUGAAACAUGCCCUUAGACUAGAAAAUCACAGAAUCAGAGAUUGAAGUUGUACAGCAAACCGAUUAUAAAACAACUUUACAUCAUAUCUUACUUAACUUUACUUAUUCAGUUCAAGGAAAAAUAAACCGUAUUCCAUUGGAA